CACAAUGAUUUUUAAAUCAACAACGAACAUUGAUAUUCCUGUGAAAGGAGUUUACCAAGCUUUGAUAAAUGAAGCGAAUGAGAAUGCAACAUUUAUCGACGGUAUAACUGGUGAAAAACUAACUAUUGAUAAAUUAAGAAGUGAUACCAAAAAAUUGGCGGCUGGAUUAAUUGAUAAAGCAGGAUUUAAUCGCGGAGAUGUUUUAGCAAUAUUUUCUCCAAAUCAGGUCGAUUAUCCAACUGUUAUAUUUGGUACGAUUGCGGCAGGAGGAAUAGUAACAUUCGUUGAUUCAAAGUAUACAGUUGAAGAAGUUGCUUAUCAGUUAAAAGAUUCUGGAGCAAAAUAUAUUGUUGUAUUUCCAUCACUUCUUUCAAAAGCGAUUGAAGCAGCGGACGCAGUAAAUAUACCUAGAUCAAAUAUAUUUUUAUUUGGUAAUGAAGAAAUUGAAGAAAUUAAACCCUAUUCAUUCCUCAAAUCUGAAAGAGAAGUAAAUCCCAUUGAAUAUUCACCAGAGGAUGCAAAAUCGACUACAGCAUAUUUAAGUUAUAGUUCUGGUACAACUGGAAAGAAUAAAGGAGUUGAAACAACUCAUUCUAAUAUUGUUACUAAUUUAGCUCAAAUUGGGUGUAAUAACGAUGAUGUUAAUUCAAAUACUAAAUUUAUCGGCGUAUUGCCUUUACAUCAUAUAUAUUCAAUAAUUACGCUCAUUCAUUUAACCCUUCUUAAAGGAGCUUCAGUUGUCUUAAUACCAAAUUUUGAAUUUGAUUUACCAACAUUUUGUAAAACAAUUCAAGAUUAUAAAGUCAAUGUAAUUCAUUUUAUACCUUCGAUAGCUAUGUCAUUAGUUAAAGAUCCAAUUUCAAGAAAAUAUGACUUAUCAAGUUUACGAUCAUGCAUAAGUAGUGCUGCUCCUUUAAGUAAAGAAUUAGCUGAUUCAUUCGCUAGAAUGUUUGUACCAAUUAGACAAUCUUAUGGUGCAACUGAAUAUUCUUUUACUCAUUUUGUUAAAUAUGCUGAAAAUAUCCCCAUUGAAUCUAUUGGUAAACCUAUUCCGAAUGUUGAAUUUCGUGGUCCAAACGUCAUGAAAGGUUAUCUUAAUAAUAAAGAAGCAACCGAUGCGUGCAUUGAUAACGAAGGAUGGUUUCACACAGGUGAUAUAGCAAAAGUCGACGAAUUUGUUUCACCAACAGAAUUAGAAUCAAUCUUAAAUUCUCAUCAAUCAAUUGAUGAUGCAGCUGUAAUCGGAGUUUACGCCGAACAAGAAGCAACCGAAUGUCCGGCCGCUUAUAUCUCGUUAAAACAAAACGUUCUUGAAUCUGAUCAAUUAAAACAAGAAAUUAAAAGAUAUGUUGAAAAACGUGUUCCUCCUUAUAAAAGAUUGAGUGGUGGUAUUUUAUUUAUUGAAAAAAUUCCUAAAAGUUCGUCUGGUAAAAUUCUUAAAAAAGUAUUAAGAAAUAGAAUUAAGAAGGAACAUCCUUAUUAUAGAAAACAAUUUUAAUUAAAUGACAUCGUUAAGAUAUGUUAGGUUAUUUAUAAUAGUAUAUAUUCAUUUUUUACAGCAAAG